UAGUGUCAUUUCACGACUGAAUGAAUACACCAUGCCUCCCACAUCACAUCAAUCACAAGAUGGAGCAGACGAUGAAGACGAAUACAUCCUCCCCCUAGAAGACCAGCGCGUCUUCGGCGCCGGUAUCCGGCGCAAGCGUGUCCCGUUCGUACGUUCCUCUGAACAUGAACUUUCUACUACCACCACCACUACUAGGACCUCUGAGGGGGUUCCGACGUCAAGUGGACAGAGUAUAGCGGAUCGGUAUUUGUCGAUUGUGUUGGACAAGGGACAGUCACCACAAUCACAAUCACACUCCGGGACGCCCUCUCCGCAGCCACGCUCUCAGUCGCAACCUAUACCAACAGCAACAUCAACAUCUAGCUCUACGACCUCCUCAGCUCCCUCCCCAUCUCCAAACACCGAACCACAACAACAACCCUCACCAGACAAACCCACCACGGACAUCGACAUCUGCCCCAUCUGCAACCUCCCCACCACCACACCCUCCUCCUCAUCCAACCCACACACCCACCCCCACGAAGCCACCCUCCCACACCAACUCAGUCUCCCGCACUCUCACCCCCCCUCGCACCUCGACCGCACACGUCCCGGCCUGCGCUACCUCGCCGCCUACGGCUGGGAUCCCGAUAAACGGAUUGGUCUCGGUGCUCCAGGACGCGAGGGGAUCCGAGAGCCGGUGAAGGGGAAGCUGAAAGAGGAUACGGUGGGGUUGGGGGCUGUGGUGCCGGAGAUUAAAGACAAGCAUAAGGGGAAAGGGAGGGUGGAGAAGUUGAAUGCGAAGGAGGUGAGGAAGAAGCAGAUGGAGGAGAGGAGGAAGGGGGAGAGGAUGAGGGAGAUGUUUUUUAGGAGUGAGGAGGUGUUGAGGUUUUUUGGGGAGGGGGCGUAGAUUUUAUGGAUGGGUUGGUGUGGUGUGGUUAGGGAGGGUGGUUGGUGAUAUGGCUAAGGUUAGGGGCUAUUAUGCGAUGGUACAUGUUACUACAUACACAAAGAUACCAGAUUAGUGUUGGCAGUGUCGGACUGGGUAUCACAGUCGUGGAUGCAGCAUGCUGGUUGAUUGUAGGUUCACCCGGGGAUGGGUCACCGGAAGAAGUGAUGCCGCUUCUUCUCCUUCUUCUCCUUGUCCUUCUCCUUCUCCUUCUUUUCCUUCUUCUUCUCUUCCUUGGUCGGCGC